AUGGGGUCUUUGGCCUAUCUUAGCCUUUGGCUGCUUGGCUUCUUCAUGAGAGCUGUUGAAGCAGACGCCUGCCCCAGGGAAUGGCUACAGUACCAGGGCAACUGCUAUGGGUUUUUUCAGGAGAAGCUGAGUUGGCACGCAGCUGAGAUUGAGUGUCAGAGUUACGGCCGUGGCACCCACCUCGCAUCCAUCCUGGCAUGGCCAGAAACUCUGAUAGUGUCCAAACAUAUCUGCACUUACAAGAAAGAAAGAGAGGUUGACGUCUGGAUCGGACUCCAUGACGCUCACCAAAAUGGAAACUGGAGGUGGUCUGAUGAGUCUUCAUAUAACUACAGGAACUGGAUGCGUGGGGAACCCAACAAUCUCUGGAAAUCUGAGUACUGUGUGGCUUUGAGGGCCUCAGCAGGACACAAAGGAUGGAUCGAUGCUGUUUGCAAGAAACCGAAAGCCUAUAUCUGCAAACAUGAACUCUAG